AUGCAUAUUGAUUGAAAAGGAAAUUUUAGCAUGCAUUGUUACAAAUGGCUCUCACUCGCACUGACCCUGGCUCAGCUUGGGCCCUGUUUUCCCUGUACGCACAACUGUAACACCGAUGACUUGGAGCAAGCAUUUGUGAGACGUCGGAGAGUGAAACAUGGCGGGGUUCGGAGCCUGCUGGUUGUACAGGAAGAACUGAUGUUAACACAUCCUUUGAAAUCGGGCCAGCUGAAAUCUGAUGUAGAUAAACAAGACAAUUCCCUGGCUGAUAAUGGACCACAUUUCUUGGAUGAGCCCUAUGAAGCCACUGUUCCCGAAAUGUCUAUAAGAGGUACUUCGGUGAUUCAGGUUACAGCUACAGCUCCAACAGGUGCCCGCCUGCUUUACAGUAUCCCUUCCGAACAACCCUAUUUUUCUGUGGAGCCAACAACAGGGGUAGUAAGAACGGCAUACCCAAUGGACAGAGAAACACAGGAUCAGUGCUUUGUUGUCAUUCAAGCCAGAGUUGGUGAAGCAGGUGUCCCUACAGCUACCACAACUGUAACUAUCAACCUCUCUGAUGUUAAUGACACCCUCCUCGAUUUCAGCAGAGUGACGUUAUGAAUGUAUGCAUCUGAGGCAGCACCUGUGGGCAGCAUCCUAGGCAAAAUCAAGGCAGAUGACAGUGACCUGGGAGAGAAUGCAGCCAUGGACUAUGUAAUAGAAGGAGACACUCCUCACAUUGUUCACAUCGUUACUAACAAUGAGACUCAAGAAGGAACUGUCAUAUUAAACAAGAUAUUGGAUUAUGAGAAUCAAAGCAUAUAUAAUAUGAAAGUGAAAGGUUUCAAACAGCACAUAGAUGAGCGCUUCCUGAAAGAUGGACCAUUUGAAGACACAACUUCUCUUAGGAUCAGAGUGAAGGAUGUUGAUGAGCCUCCCAUUUUCACCGUUGAUGAAUUUGUGAUGGAGAUUGAUGAAGGGGAUCUGAAUGAUUCAUUUGUAGGAGUUGUGAGUUCCAGAGAUCCAGACAGUGUCAACAGCUCAAUCAGGUAUUCUAUUGUCCACAGCAAGCAUUUAAAGGGAUUUUUCAGCAUCAAUGCACACAAUGGAACAAUCAGUAUAACCAAACCUCUGGACCGAGAGAUAGCGACUUGGCACAACAUAACCGUUUCAGCCACAGAAUCAAUGAACCCAAAACAAAUAUCGAAAGUGAAUGUUUAUAUACAUGUUCGUGAUGUUAAUGAUCAUGUGCCAGAAUUUUCGGAUUACUAUGAGACAUAUGUGUGUGAGAAUGCAGGUUCUGGACAGGUUAUUCAGACCAUCAGUGCAGUGGACAAAGACAAUUCUGUGGAGGACCAUCAUUUCUUCUACUAUUUGAAUGAGGAGGCCACAAACAGCUCUGGUUUUGCAGUCAAAGAUAAUCAAAAUAAUACAGCUAGAAUUAUCACCACACGAGGUGGAUUUCAUCGUCGAGAACAGUUUAUUUUUACCUUACCAAUUCUAAUUGCUGACAACGGAAGUCCAUCUCUCACCGGCACAAACACUUUGACCGUCACUGUGUGCGACUGUGACCACGAACCUAGUCUCCAGUCAUGCAGAUAUGGAGCAAUGCUCUUCUCAAUGGGCAUCAGUGUACAAGCUUUAGUUGCUGUUGUUGCUUGCCUACUAAUAAUAUUAGUUUUUAUUCUAGCAAUUGUGGCCUUGAAGCAGCAGACAAAGCAAUCUCUAUUUCACAAGAAAGGAGAAGCAUUCAGAGAAAACAUCGUGAAGUAUGACGACGAAGGAGGUGGGGAGCAGGACACGGAGGCUUUUGAUAUUUCAGCCUUGAGGAACCAAACUGUCCUUAGGGAACACAAACCUCGAAGAAAUAUCACAACACAGAUCCAGAGCCUUUACAGGCAAUCUCUGCAGGUUGGCCCCGAGAGUGCUGUUUUCCGGGAAUUCAUUACAAUGAAGUUAGAAGAAGCCAACUCUGAUCCUGAUGUUCCCCCUUAUGAUUCCCUUCAGAUAUAUGCUUUUGAAGGUACUGGGUCAAUGGCUGGAUCGCUUAGCUCCCUGGGAUCAAGUUCUUCUGAACAGGAUGAAAGUUAUGACUAUGUUCCUGAACUGGGACCCCGCUUCAAGUAUGUAAGAAGCACCCGGGGCUCUGCAAAGAGGGCAAAGCCAUAGGCACUGCUAAUUGUGACAUUAUGGGAAAGUCCAGCAGGCAUGAUUGUGGCAAUAGUUACAAAAAGAGUGUAACUCUCUUAUUGUAUCAAAGAAAGUGGGAAAUAUCAACACAGGUGGCAAUGCCAAGUCGUUUUGAAAUACAGCACAAGUCUUAUUAUUUAAAUUGUAUUUUUGGCACAUGCUUGUUAGAAAUAUAUUUGUGUACUGGCAGCAUCUUACAGAAACGAUGCUAGAAUAAAAGGCUAUCCACCUUCCCUUCAAAAAUGGAAGAUUUCGAGAUAAGCAAAUUGUGAGUUGGUGCACCUGUCGCUAAGACAACAUUUUCUGUACACAGGGAUAUUGCAUUUGAAAAUACAUCCUUGCUUAAAAUGAUCAUCUCAGAUUAUCAGUAUGAGCUAUUUUUUCUUCUUCAGAAAAAGACAUUCAACAAUAUAAAUACAGAAAAACUUAGAUUUUCUUUAAAUAUUCUGUGCAGCUUAAGCUUUUCAACUAUUUACAAAGUUCUGUUGGCUACAAUUUAAUAACCACAGUCAAAAAUGUAUAUGUAUUUCAUACAGUAUGGAAUUUUGUAGAGUUUAUAGUGAAUACAGAAACACCUGAAAUAUUGGAGAGAAAG